AUGAGCGAUGGUGGCGGCACGUCGUCGGGGUCGGAAGAUGUGUCCUGGUUUAAGAAACCGACCACCACAACGGAGAAUGGCAAUGGCGGUGGGGCGACCGGGGGGGCGGCGGGAAAGCGGUCGGUUCGGCCGGCGCAAGCUCUGGCUAGUCCUGCCUGGCUACCAAAGAACGACGCCGCCAAGAUGACCCCGGCUCAGAGGACGAAAAACGUGCAGCGGGCGAAGGAUCAGCGGCAGAAAGCUCGCGGCAAGAACAAAGGGGGUGGGGGUGGGGGGAAGCGGAGAAAGGCUGGCGAUGGUGACAGCAGUGGUAGCGAUGAGGACUACGGCGCCGGCAGGUCGAAGAGGGCGGCACGAAGGGCGGGGGGGGGAGGCGGAGCUGGCAAGGGCAAGGGGGGCGCCGCCGCGGGGAGAAGGGGGGCGACGCGGAAUCGUCACGGAGACGACGAUGAGAGCGAGGAGAGCUGCGAGACCGGAGAUGAUUCUGAUGAAGAAAGCGAGGGUGAGUUCGAUGACGGAGACGAUAGCAGCGACGAAGACGACGGCAGCGACGACGAGCCCGAGCUAACCGACGCCAGCAGCAGCAACGGCGACAACAGCAACAACCCCAACGAGGAGGAGGGAGCAGCGCAGCAGCAGUCAGCGUCCGCGGCAGCCGCCGCCGCCGUCCACUCCCCUACCCUAGACGCCAACGCGGCGGGCAUCCUGGCGAUCGCCGAGGCGGACGACCUGGCCAAGGUGCAGGCAAGGGCGAGGGCUAAGGCCAAGGCCAAGGCGGCUGGCGAAGCGGCGGCGGCGCAAGGCGAGGAGAAGAAGUCGGCGGCGCGGGGAGGGGGCGGGGCCAAAGCUGUCGUCGUCGUCGAUGAUGACGACGGGGUGGAAGUCACCGCGGUCAAGGCGGCCGCCGCCGGGGUUUCCGGUAAGGGACCGUCGGGGAGCGGUGGGAAUGAGCAGGGGAAGAAACGGCGGCGGGUUGUCGAUAGUGACGAAGAUAGCAGCGAUGACGGCGGCGGCGGGGGCGAUGUAGUGGAAGUGGUAGUGGCUCCGCCUACGAGCAAGCCCAGCAAGAAGGAGAAGAAGAAAAAGAAAAAGAAGAAGAGGCACAGCUCUGGAUACGACGACGAUGGCAUGGACGGCUCCGACCGCGGGUCCGACAGCGACGCAGACGAAGGAGCUCGCGCACGAAAGGUGCUGUCGGAGUGCUCGGCCCUCUCCAAGAAGCUCGCCUCGGUAAUCUCUACCUGGGCGGGCACUACCACCACAACCGCCGCGGAAGAAGGGGGCUCCGCGGCUGGGGCAGGGGGGGGCAGGGGGGCGCUCGAGAUCUGCAGCCUCAAGGGCGGGGGGAAGGCGGUGACGACUAACGAGGAGGUUCAGGAGGCGUGCCCGGGGCUGAAGCUGAAUCCGUAUCAGCUUGUCGGGGUGAACUGGAUGUGCCUCCUGAGAGACACGAACGUGAACGGGGUGCUGGCCGACGAGAUGGGUCUGGGCAAGACGGUGCAGUCCAUCGCCUUCUUCGCCCUCCUCAGGCACAGGAGGAAGGGGGCCCCGCCGAGACGGCCGCAUCUGGUCGUGGUCCCCAGCUCGGUGCUGGACAACUGGGCCAGCGAGCUGGAGAAGUUCUGCCCGGCGCUCGACUUUGUCAAGUACCACGGCUCUCAGAAGGAGCGGGCCGCCAUGAGGCACAGCCUCAACCGGGUGGCGUCGGACGCCGAUCGGGAGGCCAUGCCCGACAUUAUCCUGACCACCUAUGUGGUCUGGGAGCGGGAGAGCUCGGCGGACGACAGGGCGUUCUUGAAGAGGUUCCGUUACGACUACAUGGUGCUGGACGAGGGCCACAGCAUUAAGAACAUCAAGUCCAGCCGGUUCCAGCGGUUGAGAGUCGUGGCCGCCAAGCACCGUCUGCUCCUCAGCGGAACCCCCGUUCAGAACAACCUCGGGGAGUUGCUGGCCCUUCUGUCUUUCCUCAUGCCGGAAAUAUUCCGGAGCGACGUGAUCGAGACGCUGCUGGAGUUCCUGGGCAACAACGCCGACGAACAAGCGUCCUCCUCUUCUUCUUCUUUCCAGGUGCGAGAGGUGCGGGGUAUGCUAGCACCAUUUGUGCUCCGGCGCCUCAAGUCGGACGUCUUGAAGCAGCUCGUGGCCAAAAACGAGAGCCUCGAGAAAGUGCCGCUAUCGAAGGUUGCGAAGGAAGUGUCGGGCUAUUCGGACUUCGACCUUCACCAAGUGUGCUCAGGGUUCGACAGCCUCAAGCACCUCUGCCUCUCGGAGGAGACUCUCUUCACCUCGGCCAAGAUGGAGAGGCUGAGGGCGCUGUUGCCGCAGCUGGUGUCGGAGGGGCACCGGAUACUGCUCUUCUCGCAGUGGACUCGACUCUUGGACCUGUUGGAGGUGCUCCUGGGAGAGUCGAUGGGGAUGACUUUCUGCCGCCUGGACGGCUCCACGCCGGUGUCCGAGCGCAAGGCGCUGAUCGACAAGUUCGGCGCGGACACGAGCAUCCCCGUGUUCCUCCUCAGCACGAGGGCGGGCGGGCUGGGCAUCAACCUGACCGCUGCGGACACGGUGAUCUUGCACGACGUUGACUUCAACCCGGAGAACGAUCGCCAGGCGGAGGACCGAUGUCACCGUAUCGGUCAGACCAAGCCGGUAACGGUGAUCAGGAUGGUUGCGGCGGGCACGGUGGACGAGGACAUCUAUCUCAUGGGGGAGAGGAAGAAGGAGGUGAACCAGCGCGUGCUGAACGACUCGGGGAAGAAGGGGGAGAAGGACGCCGCGUCUACGAUCUCGGGUAUUCUGAAGCGAGCGAUCCAGGUACACGUCGGAUCUCCGCCGUAGCGAGGAGUGUCCAUCACACCAGUGCAGCUGCCAGAGAUAGAAUUUCCGCGCCCUGCCGACUAUCGAGGACCACAACUCUACCUCUGGCAGCUACAAGCUUAGCCUGCGUGUUGCAGAGAAAAUGUGGUUUGGAGCACUGUGUUCGGCCAGCCAGAGUGCCGCGUGCUACGUACGGGGACGCGACGAUGGGAGAACAAGACAAUUGUUGUACGAUAGAGCCAGCCCCCUGGUGCCAGUGACUUAGCCGUGUGGCGUGAACCAGGAGUCUUCUUGGUUUCGAAGACGAAUGGUUGGGCGCCGCGUUUUUUUAAGGAUGCGCGGACGAAACAUCUUUGACCAGCAACAUUACAAUUGCACACAAGUUUAUCUACUGUCUGCGUUCAAAGUACGGGUGGUGGUCUUGUCUGGAGAGGUGUUGUUCCGAAAGAGAGGCGUUUUGCAAAGAGCGUUUCGCGCGCGCCGGAAAAAAACAUUUUAUUUUGCGCGCGUUGAGCUUGCCGCGGUCGGUUCCUCGCAGAACAUUUUGGCAUCAUGAGGGAUGUUCUCCUUGUGCGGGUGUUCUCGAGAGGACAGACACGCCUAGAGUAUGGUGGCGUGCGCUGAUGCGUAGAGGAAGCAUCGAUGCCCGU